AUGGGCAGCGGACUGAGCAGCGCUACCAGCCGGAAAUGGUCUGGGAAGAGGGAGCUACCGCCCCAAGCGGAAUCUUCGAGAGUUCUGUUCUUGCUUUACUUGAUACACAGAACUUGGAACGUCGUUGUUGAACACGUCGAUUCGAAAAGCUCAAGGCAAGUAUGGCGCGGGUCUCACACAGUGCCGAGCUCCGGAGAAGGUCUGGGGCAGAGGUUCGACUCCGUAAGCCUGGAGGAGUCAGACCCGGGGUCCUGUUACACCGCCUGCAGCUGCAGCUACUGCCGUCUGCGAGAAUGCGCUCAAGAUUGCGUGAGG